AAAAACGUAAAAUCAUUUUAUACAGAGAGGAAAAGUACAUUAUUCUAAAACAUUUUGUGAGAAAUGUAUAAAACUAAUGAAAAUAAUCGAAUGUUACUUCGAGAUAGAAAUAUAGAAUUUGGAAAAAAUAUAAGAUACAAUUACUUUCCUAACUGGUAAGAACUUUUUUGCAUAUAAAGUUUAAUGAACAUUUUAAUCAUGAGUGAAACAACCAUGUUUAGGGAAAAUAUAACUGACAACAUCACCAUGACAACAUCCAUUCCUCAGAUCGGAGGAGGAAUGGACCCACCAAGAAGACCAACAUUGCCUGAGCUCCUUAUGGCGUAUUCAGAAUAUGUCUGGGCAGUAAAUCUUGGAACUUAUGUGUUUCCCAUUAUAAUAGGACUAGGAACAAUUGGGAAUGUUUUAAGUUUUCUAAUCAUGAUAAGGAGAACCAUGAUUAUAACUCCAACAUGCUUUUACAUGGCAAUACUGGCCAUCUCUGACACUACCAUUCUCUAUGUAGACUGUCUUAGGAAGUGGGUUUUCCUUAUGUACGGGGAAGAUGCCUGGAACAUCAAUACAGCAGCAUGUCGGGCAUUUUAUUAUCUAAGUUAUUCUUCAUUUCACUAUUCGGUAUGGAUUAUUGUUGCUAUGACUACAGAAAGAUUUUUUGCAAUUCGGUACCCACUAAAAUUUUUGACAGUUGGAAGCAUUAGAAAAACAAAAGUGGCAUGUCUAAUUAUUCUGAUUUGUGUUUUGCUGCUCAAUUGUCAGUUUACUUGGUCAGUGAAAAUAAACCAAAAUGGAAACUGUGUGCCAGAAGAAGGCUAUUCAAUCUUUCACAAAGAUGUGAUGCCUUGGAUUGAUGCUGUUUUUUAUUCAUUUCUACCAUUUGUAAUAUUAAUUACAUUUAAUGUGUUAAUUAUUUGUUCGUUCAGAAAGGCCCACAGAAGACAGAAAACUCUCCAUGGCAACCCUACUUCACAUAAAUCUGCAUCACAGAAUCGCACAUCUAUAAACCACAGAAUGACAGCAAUGUUGUUGUCAGUCACUUUUACUUUCAUUAUAAUGACUGCUCCAAAAGCAGUUCUAUUCUGUAUAAGGAAUGAAGUUUUCAAGUUCCUUAAGUAUAACACAUAUGAUUUUCAAGAGAUUGCACUGUACACUCUAAUAAGUCGCAUUGCUGACUUGUGCAUCUAUACAAAUCAUGCAAUUAAUUUUUUCCUUUAUUGUGUAAGUGGACAGAGAUUCAGAAAAGAAAUGAAACUGCUGUUUUUAUGUCGCAAAACACGUAGUGCAAGUCUAUCGCUUUAUUCAUCAAAAUGUCUGCCAUCAUCACGUUACCAAACGAUGCAGACAGGGAGCAGGGGAUCAUAUGAGAAUGACAAUGGACUGGAAUCAUAUCACACAAUGCGCACAGUCAGCAGUACUUUAGGAUCAAACAAUAAUGAAAAUUGCCAGGAUGUAAAUGAACAAAAUGAACCUGAAAACAUUCUGUGAGUAAAUCACAU